ACUACAGCUUCCGGAAAUACAAAAUACGCUCAGUGAUAUCUGUUAACUCGUCAUACUUUAACGGGUAACGUUACAGUUGCUUAAAGUAAGGGUUCUUUUUGUUUCUUUUAAAACAAUGCCUGUCUGCUCAGCUUAUAAGUGCAAGAAACGAUCAGAUAGGGAGUAUAAAGAGGCAUACAAAAGAGGCGAGUUUUCUUUUCACAAGUUUCCAUUAGCAGACGGCUUGAGAGUGAGAGAAUGGCUUCGGCGGAUGAGAUGGAAGAACUGGUGGCCAACUGGGAACUCUGUGCUGUGCUCGGAUCAUUUCGAGAAGGAUUGCUUCGAGCAAGUGGGAAAUCAUAAACGGUUGCGUCGCAACGCAGUCCCAACUAUCUUUAAUUUCCCUAAACACCUCCAGUGGAAGGUGCCAGCUGUCAAAAGACGAUCCGUGAAUCGUAAAACAGUAGUGCCUGUUACACCAGAAUCAACACCAAAGCCAGUAACACCACGCCUUGAGGGGAAGUUUGUACGUGUGGCUCAGCAGGAUUCUGAUGGUUCCAGUUGUGGCCCUCUUCAUGCUGGUAGCUUUCAUGAUGACUACUGUAAACCGCAGAGCAUACAGUGGAUGAAGCUGGCAGAGGGUGAUGAUGAGGGUGUUGACACCAGUGAUUCUGGAAAUGAUGUCACUUGUGAUGCUGCAUCUUUAAAUACAACAAAAAAUUCAAACAAAGUUCAAAAUUCCAAGUUUAUAAGGGUGACAGAGAGAUGGCAAUGGCUGAGUAUAGAUGUAACCGGGCCAUUUCCAGACAGCAAAGGCCCCUAUAGCCACAUAGUGGUCAUCUGUGAUUAUUACACCAAAUGGAUUGAAAUAUUUCCAUCAGAAAAGCCUAACUCUGAUUCCAUAGCCCUGCUUAUGUGUGAUGCCAUUUCCCGAUAUGGCUUCCCUUUGGGAUUUCUCACACCAUGGGGGGCCAGAGGAGUUCAGGUCAGAACGGUUAACAGAGCACUUAGUAAUAUUUUGAAGAUGGAGAUUUCCCUUGCCUUUCACCAUUAUCAGGCCUCACAACUUGAACCAUACACCCAAUACCACAUUGUCAAAAUGGUGGAAAAUCUGGUAAAGAAGUAUCCAGACAAUUGGCAUGUACAUUUACCAGUCGGCGUGCUGCGUUUCAACUGCAGUGUUCACCCAGACACCAACUACCGCCCUCUGCUCCUCCAUCGCUGCGAUGGAACUAAACCCUCUACAUCACCUAGAGAUCAGCCACUCAGUGAAGACAACCUUGCAAAGUGCACGUUCAAAAUAGAGAAACCAAACCCUUUAAAAGAGGUCGAGGCACUGAAACGAAUAUUCAGAGAAUCAGCUGACUGCAUAGUUGUAUCAUGAAAGUGUGAAACUGGCAAGUAUAAAACAUGUGCCUGAUUACUGUUAUUGUUUUGUGACUUCAAACUGGAGGUCCAGCGAGAAAGAAGCUCAAUACAUAUGGAAAACAAUGACCAGAAAGUCUAAAGAAGAAACCUAGACUGAUGUUUUAUUUAUUUGUGACUUUCAUAUUGAAACGUUAUGUAUCAUAUUGCAUAGAUGCCAUUAAAGGUAUUUAGAAAAAAAUGAUAGUUUACAAGCAAGGUAAAAAAAGACAAGAUUUAGUGGUUUGUAGUUAACCCAUACUGUCAGAUUAAGGCCAAUUAAAAAUUAUCCACAGCAAUGUUGUUAAAAUAAAUUAUGCUUUCCAAAAAUCUCUUGUCACCAAACUUUAUAAAAAAGAGACUGAGGCCCGGUUUCACAGACAAGGCUUAGCUUAAGCCAGGACUAUGCCUUAGUUGAAUUAGCAUAUUUAAGUCGCUUUUAUAAAAAAUCUUUAAAAAUAAACAUUACUGGUGUGAAUCUUAAAAUAAAACAAUGGCACUGGCAUAUUUUAAGAUAUUUUAGGGCAAGUUAUUUUCAGUUAAGACAGCUCAAACAUUCAUUUUAGUCUUCAGCCUCGUCUGUGAAACCAGGCCUGAGGGUGUUCUGGAAUGUGUGAAUGAGUAAAUUUACAAAGGUCUCAGUCAAUCUUUUCAACCU